AUGGGAAACGCUAAUGGCAGAGAAGACGGAGCCAUUUCCGACGGUGUUGAUCUUGCCGGCCGUGAACCUCACGCGCCUGAUUCUCGUCCUCCCGUUCGCGCUUUUUCUUCCGAUUCAAUGGCGAAUAGUCCGCCGCAGAGUCCUCGCCGGUCCAGAUCGCCGAUCCUCUUCGGUCCUCAGGUUCCUCUAGCUCCAUUACAAAGAGGUAACGGCCCUCCUUUUCUCAAUCAAAUGUGGCAGAAUGAUCCUCAUGGUAUUGUUCAUCAACCUCCUGAGCAAGGAAUCCCUGUUAUGAUCACUUGGAACUAUGGAGGUAACAGUGUGGCUGUGGAGGGAUCUUGGGAUAACUGGACAUCCAGGAAGGCAAUGCAGCGAGGUGGCAAGGAUCACUCGAUUCUUAUAGUCCUUCCAUCAGGUAUAUAUCAUUACAGGUUCAUUGUCGAUGGUGAACAGAGAUAUAUUCCAGAUCUUCCUUAUGUAGCUGAUGAGAUGGGGAAUGUCUGCAAUCUUCUUGAUGUUAACGAUUAUGUGCCAGAAAAUCCUGAAGGUGUCACUGAGUUUGAGGCGCCACUCUCCCCAGAAUCUAGUUAUGGUCAAGCAUAUCCAGCUGAGGAAGAUUUUGCAAAAGAGCCAUUGGCUGUUCCCUCGCAGUUACAUCUUACAGUCCUAGGUAUGGAGAAUGCUGAUUCUGGGCCCCCUUCAAAGCCUCAACAUGUUGUGCUAAAUCACGUCUUCAUAGAGAAAAACAUGGCCUCAAAGUCCGUUGUUGCCCUGGGAUUGACUCACAGGUUCCAGUCUAAAUAUGUGACAGUUGUCCUUUACAAACCUCUCAAGAGAUAA